UGUCAACUAAACUAACUUAAUAUGAAACUAACGGUGCUAUCAAUAAUAACCUGUCUAUCGUUUGCUACGGUUUAUAGUCGUAGGCUAGUAAUAGGUGGUCGCGAUGCCCGGCCAGGUGAGGCACCAUGGCAAGUUUCAUAUAGGGUCCUUGGUAAAUCUGGCGAUUUCCACAUGUGUGGUGGUUCCCUAAUCAAUGCCAAUUGGGUGAUCACCGCGGCACAUUGUUGCGAAAGACCGCUCAAAAACCACCUCAACGAGACCAUAAAGUGGGGCGGUUUGAAAGUGGACAGGUUACCUUUCCAGUCAAAAGUGGCCAAACGUAUCAUACAUCACAAGUACAAUAUGAAUGCCACUGAGAAUGACCCUAAAAGGCUCUCGCACGAUUACUGCCUAAUAAAACUGGUCACACCCGCCGUGCAAAGUGCCAUGGUCAAAUUUGUUAAACUAGCAAAGGGCUACCCCAAAACAGACAAAAUGGUGCUGGUUACAGGGUGGGGCAAUACAAUGGUGGACGGGGUUAAAAAUCCAAUUAAUUUACAAGCUGCUGAAUUGCAUGUAAUUGACCGGAAAAGUUGCCAGGGCAAAUGGCCAGGGAUCGACGCUAGUAAUGUUUGCGCCGUUAGCAGUGAUAAAAGUGGCUGUAAUGUAAGUACCAAGGCUAUUAAGGUGACUCUGGUGGUCCAUUAACAAUAAAUGGUAAAUUAGUGGGCGUGGUUUCGUUUGGUUUCCCGUUUUGUCACCCUGGAACAAAGCCAAACUCAUUUGCAUAUGUACCCGGUGUAAAACGUUGGAUAAAUCAAACAAUUAAAAAUAAUUAGUGUUGUUAGUAUGUGG